AUGCCUCCCCGCAAGAGAGUGAAACUGAAUGAUGGCAAGGCACUCGCUGGCGACCGCACCGAACUUACAAGCAUCAGCAACCCUGUGGUUGCAAGUGCUGCCAGCACCGAUCCAGACGCGGAAUCAUCGCGCAAGUCCAGAAUACGCAAGGGCUGUCUGAAAGACAUACCCAACUGUGCGGUGGAACUCCAACUUGAGAUCUUCGGUUACCUACAACCACAAGAUCUCUUCAAUCUCUCGCGAACGUGCAAGGCCUUCCAUUCCUUCUUCUUGCACCGUAGCAACGAACGUCUUUGGGAAGCAUCCCUAAAGAACGAUGAGGACCUGCCUGAGAGACCGCCAUGGAUGAGUAUACCGGCAUUCAUUCACCUGCUCUACUCGCCCUAUUGCCAGAAUUGCGCUAGUCCCAACGUUCGCAAAGCUACUUGGUUGUGGUUUGCUCGGUACUGUUCCCACUGUCUGCCCCAGAUGUCUUCCUCCACUAUGGCCGUCGAAGAGAAGCUGAAGCGCGUGGAUGCCGUUUUGCAGCGGCAGUUUAAGAACCAGCCUGGGUGGUUUUUGCACGGGAUCGACGAAGAGCGUCCGAAGGACCCACAGCGCGGCUAUUACAAUUAUCGUUAUCAUCGUCAGCAGGAGAAGCGAUACCUUGCUCGGGACGUGGACCAGUUGAUCUCCAAGUGGAAAGCCUUACCCGAGCGUAAGGGUUAUGAUGUCCUGGACGCUUUCUGCCUCAAACGGAAGAAUGAGCUUAUUGUGCGGGUUAAGUACGCUAGGGACUGUGAGGAGUGGUACGAAGAGCGAAAGCAGGAUCGGAAGGACGAACUCCAGGACGUACGAAAAGAGCGGUUUGAGGCGAUUCUCGAACUUCUCAAGGAGACGGGUUGGAAGAAGGAGUUGGAUUUCCUCGGCAAAUAUGGACUCGAGAAGAUGUCUCGUUUACCGGUCGUCAGGCAGUCUACGAAGCUUACGGACAAGGGGUGGGAAAAGGUGCAAGAUGCGCUCGACGGCUUUCUGAACGACACUCGUGCUCAACGGCUGAAGGCAGAGAAGGAGCCGAUCAUCAAGGAGCGCUUUGCCGAACUAGACGCCGCCAUUGUCGCAUACUGCGUCACGUUCCCGCGCAACGCAACAAUGCGCUGUCACCCGCUGGCGUUUGACCUUGCGCCCAUGAAAGAGUUAGAACGCCUCGCCAACGCCCCGGUCUCGGAGAACGUCACACGGGAGAGUUUCGCGUCCAUCGUCCCGAAGCUCGUCGACAAGUGGUUUGCGAAGCAAAAGGCCGAAUUCGAAUCGUUCCUUCGCCCUCACAUUAAGUGCGACCGUGUCCCUCAGGGUGUGGGCAUUCUGGAUCUCGCAAUCGCUGUUUUCAACUUGGGGACCGACUACCGCCCCUCGGGACUUCGUUACCCUUAUAUCCUCACUCAGUGGCGUUUCCGCGGGUCCAAUAGCAAGCGGCUUCUGGGGGUCUUGCCUCCUGGCCACUAUGCCAGCUGUGCAGCUAAUCAUUAUUAUCAAAUCCCCUUCACGGUCAGCGGGCUCGACAAAAUGGAGGUCGAGCAGGGGAUCAAGUGGACGCGAUCCAUACUCACGGCUCUGGGCCUCGAUCCCGACCGGACGACAGCCGCCGAGCUGGAGAAGUGCGAGGGAAGACUUCGGUGCGCGAAGUGCAAGGCCGACGGGCAGCCGGAUGUCGUCUAUGCCUGGGAAGCUGCAUUCUUACAUACCGCGAACAACAAUUCAGGAAAGAAGACGUGUUACCAUAGUCGUUGGGUCCGGGUCAAAGCACCCGAUAUGGCUCGCGUGAAGGAGCUCGAGGCGACCGCGCAUGAGGUCACACUUGACACAGAACGCUUCGGUUGGUGCUGCAGCCUCUGUCUUGAAGAUUGGUGGCCUGGAAAAGCAAACGAGAUCCGCCAGCAUCUUGCGCAAAAGCAUCAGAUUGAAGACGCUCGUCGUGCCGUCGAGGAUGGCACUGUCUACAUCAAUCCCGAGCACCGGCGUGUGCUGAGGAAGCCACCUGUCACUUUACUACCUCCGUAAUCAGGCGACACUUCUGAUUUCAAGUACCCUUGUACGCUAUCGAACCAGUUGGCGUCGAAUCGAUAUAUCUCCC